GUCCUACACGGUUCGUGGUGUGCUCUCCGCGCGACGGCAAACCGACCAAACAACCAAAACAACCCACGCAAAGUUCUCAGUGUCUCAGUGUCGCUCCAAGUGAACGGGUUUCGCGCUUCUCGUUUUUGCACAUAAAUAAACAUAAAAACAAAACCAAAAAAAAAAAAUAUAGAGUACAUAUCGCACAGAAAAGUGAAAAGGAUUCCUAGUUAAAGCAGCUGCAAUUAUCUUAAUUACAAUCGAAAUGUCCAGAAUGACGCAUCUUUUGCUGCUGGCAGCUAUCAUCGGAUCUCUGCAAAUGCCAGCACACGCCGCCGGCGAGACAAGCCCCGAUUAUGAGAAUGUCUACGAUGAUGAUGACGCCUCGCGUUCGCCCGGCAAUUUGGCCAAAUCCACAGCAGCUCCAAUAGUGCCAUACUUCGAUCAGAAAACGGCAGUCGUCUAUGUUCAGCCCAAUGCGACUAGUGUGAAGCUCGAUUGCCCGGUUAAGAACUAUGAUGCCAUACACCAUGCGAUACUCUGGUACCGGGACAAGCAGCUCGUCGUGAAUGGCAACCAGUCGAUCAUCAAUAUCUACAGUCUGGACAACCAGUUCGUCCUGAAUGUGCCGCUGGCCAACGCGACUGGCCACAACUUCGAAUGUUACGUGAUGCCGGCUAAUGUGAGCCGCCAGAUAACCAUCAAACUUGGCCUGCCGCCAACCAGCCCGCCUCCGAGCUCAGCCCCUAAUCUCAGCUGGCCAACAGCUGUGAACUGCAUAAUCCUGAGCGCUCUUUCGCUCGUCUAUCGAUCUGCAACAGCCCGUUUCUGAAUAUCCGUAAUCUAAAACCACAUUUAACCCAUGCACCACCGGCACUUGAACAUUUUAUGGCAGAAGGACUUACAGAACUGCGCACACUCAAAGACGAGCUUGAAUCCGAGUAGUUAAAUGAGCUGAUUUUCGAAUUAAGGAUUCCUUGGUUCCAUUUCCAUGCAAUUGGAGCAUUGCUUAUACAAUUAUGUUAGGUGUUGCUUUAUUAUUAUAGAAUAUAGAUAUAAGAAAUAAUAUAUUUAAUUGCAUUGCAUGUAUAUACAGAUACAUACAUACCUAAAUGUUUAGUGGUAAAAUGUUAAAGCUACUUUUCCGACUAGCUAUUGAAUGGACGAAUCCAUGUUUGUAAGGUACAAGCAUCUCAGCGCUGGACCUGCUUAACUAAUGUGUGUGAGAAGAAAUGCUUAUGAAAUAUUAUGGGAUGAAUAACUCAAGCCGCGAGCACAUAAAACAAUAUUAAAACUAUAUGCCCACGGAAAUAAUACAAUUAAACAUGUUGUUAUUCCCUUGUACUUAUUGCCGCUAUAUAUUCUGAACCUAGCCAAAAAAGUUAGGUCGAGCAAGUUUCUAAAUUCCAAAAAUAUUUAAUGUGCACAACUUCUUAAAUAUGUUAUGCCCACCAAACUCAAGAUAAAUAGCAAAAAAAAAAUAAAAGGGGUAACAUCUUGUUUUGCAUGUAUUCUUAAGUAUCUAGAUUAAAUAUACGAUUCCAGCAGAAAAAUA